CAAAUAAAAAAAAAAAAAUUAGAUACAUAUCUAAUAGGCUUUCGUGACUUAGAUCAUUUGAAAUUGAGAAGAUCCACAAGAUUGAAUAAGCGCUCGGCUCAGUUCUGAUCUCUUCUUUCUGAAACUGUUAUUCAUGUAUCUGGGGCAGCACAAUUGUUAUCUGGAACAAUAGUUAUUCCUCUGGUCCGGACCAAGUUUAUUUGUUUCUCUUCGGAUUUGAAUCAUAUGGGAAAAUGAAAAUAUUGGCUAAGGCUUCAAUGGCUUGGAAACAAUUAUGUGAAGGGAAUCAUCAAGUGUUGAGGAAACUGGAACUGAAUACUUGACAAAUUCAUUCAAAAAGUGACACAGUGAAUGAAAAAGUCUUUAAUUUUGAGUUGCCACUGGUUCAUGCUAAUGGGCCAAACCAUGAAAUUUUAGGAGAGAAAUUUUGUUCUAGCAAUUUACACCAGAAGAUGGAGCAUAUGGUAGAUACUGACAUUACUUCCACUAACGGUUUGAGAAAUCAAAACAAGAGUUAUGUGCCUUUGGAUAUCGAAAAUGACCACACCAUUCCCACAUUUAGGAAAACUGCAAAAAACGUUAUUUCUGUUGCGGAUUUGCUGAAGACUCUAUUUUUUAUACUGGUUUGGUAUACUUUCAGUACAUUCCUUACACUGUACAAUAAAACUUUGUUAGGGGAUAAAAUGGGGAAAUUUCCUGCCCCACUAUUGAUGAAUACUGUCCACUUUACCAUGCAAGCUGUGUUGUCCAAGGCCAUUACAUGGUUUUGGUCUGACAGAUUCCAUCCCUCUGUUAUGUCAUGGAAGGAUUACUUUGUUAGAGGUAGGACAAAUUUUGGUGUGCAUUCAUUGUCAAUCAACUACUUGCAUGUCUACGACUCGUGUAUCCUAUGGCCUUUGCCUGUCACAGUUGUACCUACGGCUCUCAGCACAGCAAUGGAUGUAAAUCUAAGCAAUGCAUCCCUGGUUUUCAUCUCCGUCACAUUUGCCACCAUGUGUAAAUCGGCGUCCCCAAUAUUUCUCCUUCUUUUUGCCUUUGCCUUCAGAUUGGAGUCUCCAAGUGUUAAGCUGCUCGGCAUUAUCUUAGUAAUUUCAGUUGGGAUCUUAUUAACAGUUGCAAAAGAGACAGAAUUUGAAUUUUGGGGCUUCAUAUUUGUUACACUUGCUGCUGUCAUGUCUGGCUUCCGCUGGACAAUGACACAAAUUCUUCUACAGUCAAAGGUCCCCAAGUGUAAUGAUCCAACCUCUCUCAGCUCUAUAUCCAGGAUUAAACUUUUCACUUUGAUCUACUUCUCCUUAGUCUUGCACCAAAGUCUUCAAAAUCCACUUACUUUGAUGAGCUAUGUGACCCCUGUUAUGGCAAUUGCAACUGCUCUACUUUCGUUGAUGUUGGAUCCAUGGCAAGAAUUCAGAGCGAGUGAUUACUUUAACAGUUCAUGGCAUACUGCAAAAAGUUGUCUUCUGAUGUUGUUUGGUGGGACUCUGGCUUUCGUCAUGGUAUUAACUGAAUAUAUUCUCGUGUCAGUAACUAGUGCAGUUACAGUCACAAUAGCAGGGGUUGUGAAGGAAGCUGUAACUAUUCUGGUGGCUGUGUUGUAUUUCCAUGAUGAAUUUACUUGGCUGAAAGGAGUUGGUCUUCUAACGAUAAUGGUUGGUGUCAGUUUAUUCAACUGGUACAAGUACGAAAAGUUACAGAAGGGAGAGAGUGUUGGCUCGCCAGCUGAUGGUGCAACUCCAACGUAUGUCAUUCUGGACGAGAUGGAUGAGGAAGAAGAUAGAACUUAAAGGCAUAAGUUCAUAUUAGAAUUAAUAAAUUUGAGUAAGUAUAUUACUGUUGUUGCUCAGCAACAUUUCUUGGGCAUCCUGUAUGUGUUACAUCUUUUAAGUAUCUUACACACGAGUUAGCUUUCAAUCUUAUAUAACUACAAACUGCAUAAUAUAAGCUGCUGUACUUAUGGAUUAGUCGGAAACGAUACAAAAUUUCUUAGAAGAACUAUUUAUGAUUCUAAGUGCCUGAUCUGUUCGGGAGGUCUGGAAUGCUAUAAUAUUCAAGGGCUGAACAUGGG